AUGUUUGUGAUCUUCAUCUCGCACCAAUGGUUGGGCGCCAAGGCACCGGACCCCAUGGGGACUCAGAUGGCCGUGCUGCGGGACGCCAUGAAGGGCCUCACCACGGGGAACCUGAAAGUGGAGGCUGAUCUCACCUCGAUGGAUGUUCACAAGGCUUUACACCCUUCGACCUACGAACAGUCGGCCAAUGGCUACAUCUUCCUGGACUGGUUCGCCAUCCCGCAGAUCACCGCUCGUGCCGCCGGGGUCAACGAGGAGCGGUAG